AUGAUGAUGCUAAUGGAAUCGUUGGAAAAAGAGGUUUUGUUUGGAAGACAGCAACAAGAAAUUAACAUGGUAAUUGGGUUGAUGAGAUACAAGGGUGAAAUGAACGAGCCAAAUGCAGCCAAUGCAGGAGGCUUUGUUCUUGGAAUGCCAGUUGUCUAUAUCGUAUACAUGGGAUACAAGCCAAAGGCAGAUGCUUCCAUCACAUUAACCCAUCACUCCAUGCUACAGACCGUUCUUGGAAGUGCCCAAUCUGCAAAAGAGUCACUAAUUUACAGUUACACGAGGAGCUUUAACGGGUUUGCGGCGGAGCUAUCCGAAGAAGAAGCUGCAAGAUUUGCAGAUAUGGAAGGAGUGGUCUCAGUUAUCCCCAGUACCAUACUCCAGCUCCACACGACAAGAUCAUGGGACUUCGUGGGAUUGACUCAGUCCCAUGUUGGUGAUUCUCAGGGGAGUGAUGUGAUUGUGGGGCUUCUAGACACAGUUGUACCUGAAAUUUGUCGGAUAAUGCAGGGAUUUGGCCGGAAUCAGAGAGCUUCAGCGACAAAGGAUAUGGCAAACUUUCCCAGCAAAGUCAUUGGAGCAAGGUACUACCACAGUUGGAGAACAUACUACGAUGGAGAAAUCAAAUCGCCCAGGGACUCAGAUGGACAUGGAACUCACACUGCUUCAACCGCGGCAGGUAGAGAGGUGGCCGGAGCAAGCUACUAUGGCCUGGCGGAAGGACUUGCACGGGGAGGUUUUCCGAGGAUUGCAGUGUACAAAGUUUGUUGGGAGCUUGGAUGUGAUUCUGCAGAUAUCCUUGCGGCUUUUGAUGAUGCAAUUGCAGACGGAGUUGAUAUCAUAUCAAUCUCCCUGGGAUCACUUUUCCCUGUCCCACAUUUUCAAGACACAAUCGCAAUUGGAUCUUUCCAUGCCAUGAAAAACGGAAUAUUAACUUCAAAUUCAGCAGGGAACUAUGGGCCAUGGAAGGGAUGGGUCUCUAACUAUUCACCUUGGUCCUUAACCGUUGGCGCAAGCACCAUAGACAGGAAGUUUGUGUCGCAACUCGUUCUUGGCAAUGGACAAAUAUUUACUGGUGUCGUCAUCAAUAGCUUCAACCUCAAUGAAUCCACGUAUCCCUUGAUUUGGGGAGGAGAUGCAGCUAACUUUUCAGCAUACAGCAUUCCCUUAGCCUCAAGAGACUGUCUCCCGGGCGAUCUGGAUUCACGAAAAAUCAAGGGAAAAAUUGUCCUUUGCGAAUUCCUCUGGGAUGGUUCUGGUGUGAUGAUGGCAGGAGGAUUGGGCAUCAUAAUGCCUCAAGGUUAUUUUGAUGACGUUGCCUUCUCCUUCCCAUUGCCAACAACACUCCUUUCAGAUCAAGACAUUGCUAAAGUAUUGGAGUACAUCAAAUAUACAGACAAUCCAUAUGCCACUAUCCGAGUGGGUGAGACAUGGAAUGACACGAUGGCACCUACUGUGGCUUCAUUUUCAUCUAGGGGUCCCAACCCCAUCACCCCUGACAUCCUGAAGCCUGAUCUCACUGCACCUGGUGUUGAUAUUCUUGCCGCCUGGUCUCCUCUUGUACCCCCUUCAGAACUCAGUGAUGACACCAGGAGUGUCCCAUACAACAUAGUCUCCGGAACAUCCAUGUCUUGCCCACAUGCUAGUGGAGCCGCAGCUUAUGUGAAGUCCAUCCACCCAAGUUGGUCUCCUGCUGCCAUUAAAUCUGCGCUCAUGACCACAGCUACUGUGAUUGAUCCAAGGAAGCACAACGAAAAAGAAUUUGCUUACGGGUCAGGCAACCUUAACCCUGUGAUGGCCAUAAACCCAGGGCUAGUCUUUGAUGCAUCUGAGGCAGAUUACAUCAACUUCCUCUGCAAGCAGGGCUACAACACAACCACACUACGACUUGUUACAGGAGAUGACAGUGUUUGUAAAAGCACCAAAGCUGGAAGGGCAUGGGACCUCAACUACCCCUCAUUUUCACUUGCGAUAGAAGAUGGCAAUAAGAUAUUUGGAAUUUUCACAAGGACAGUCACCAAUGUUGGAUCACCAAAUUCAACCUAUUAUGCCAGCAUCUCCAUACCUGCUCCGCUUCAGGUCAAGAUUGAACCAGCAGUACUCUCAUUCUCUAGCAUGGGGGAGAAGAAAUCCUUCACAGUUGAGGUGAGUGGUCCAGAGAUAAUUCAGGAGCCAAUUAUAUCAGGUUCUAUCACUUGGAAGGAUGGUCUCAACCAAGUUCGGACACCACUCGUGAUCUAUACAUUCCUUCCAUCAAAAAUUUCUUCAUAUGCCGUACGUUCUGAAAGGGCAGAGAAACCAACUCUGAGAGAGAACAACAACUAUCGCAUGAACAAAGCUUUGGGACAAAGGUAUAGCCUCCACUAAAAAGCAGCCUGAGUAUACACUACUUGACAGAAAUGGCAAAGCCACAGUUGGUCAGACUCUAAAGUCUCCAACUAAACUCAAAGCCCCUGAGGGCAUAAAAAAUCAUAACUGAUGUCAAAAUUUCCAUUCAGAAUAAGCACAUGCUGUUUUCCUCUCUAGAA